AUGCGUGCCCCUUCAGAGCCCCACUAUAGCUUCACGAUACCUUCUAUACACGAUGACACAACGCUCGAUUGCCGCAUAUACCACCCAGACAUCUUCGACUAUUCUACCCGAAAUGAUGCUGAAGCACAGUGGAGAAAGCGCGGCAUCGCAAUAGCGCAUCCCUAUGCGCCAAUGGGAGGGAGCUAUGAUGACCGAGUCGUAGGCAUUGUGGUCGAGGAAAUGCUGAAGGCUGGCUACGUAGUGGGCACUUUCAAUUUUCGUGGUGCCCAUGGUUCCAAGCACAAAGGGAGAACCUCUUGGUCCGGAAGACCAGAGCUCGACGAUUAUACCUCCUUCGCCGCCUGCUUCAUACAUUAUAUGAGCCUCAUACACCCCUUCCCAGCACCGGACACAAUCUUCACGCCGGACCAGUCGCCUGUCCGUCCGCCACCGAGACAGGAAAGCGGUUCUCUACCUGGUGAAUCUCCUCUGGUGAUCCUCGGUGGCUACUCUUACGGCUCUUUGAUUUUGAGGCACCUCCCUUCCGUGCUAUCCAUCUCACAACGCUUCUCAAAUCCUUUAGCUGGCUCUGCGGUAGACGAGAUCUUGCUGAGGGCACACAAGCUGGCAGACCAGAGCAACCUAGAGUGGAUCAACCUGGCUCGAGACGCAGAGCUCGAGCGAAGUAGCAGGAAACAUGAGCACAAGACAUCCUUGACGAUCGGAGGAGAGGAGACGAACCCCGAGCAGAGGAGAAGAAGCAGAGACGUAAAGCGAAGCCUCGACGUACCACACAGCCUUGAUCUGGGACACCGACUGAGAAGCCUCAGCCAUCGCGGUCGUCGAGCCGGAACCUCGACGACUUCGCUCGGAAAGACCGACGUCAGGCUUGCGAUCCCUGAGAUCCGCUACCUUCUCAUCUCGCCACUCACACCGCCCAUAGCCACACUCGCGGCCCCUGCGCUGGGCCCGAAGCCAUGGAGCCGCUCUGCAGAUGCGCACGCGCUGACCAUCGGGAAGUUCGCGUCACUAGCAAUCUUCGGCGACAAAGACAUGUUCGCAUCUGCGCAGAAGAUCCGCGACUGGUCCGCCGACCUAAAGGCCUCACACGGGUCGAGGUUCUCCGGCGUUGAGAUCCCGGGCGCAGGCCAUUUCUGGGUCGAGACGGGCGUGGAGAAGCAGCUGCGGACGACGCUCAGUGGGUGGGCGGCAGAGACACAUGCCGACGCCGCAACAACGACACUAUAA